GGAAGGUGCUGAGGAGUCUAGAGAGUGUGGCUGUCACCGAGCGAUAGCUCCACAAAGCAAACAAACAGUGCGCUGCAGUGACGGGAUCCUUCAAAGAAGGAAAGGGAAGCCUGCUCUGCUCACAAAUUCUCACACACAAAGAAGCCAUUGCGAGUCAGGGCUUGACUAUUCUAGAACAUAUCCUCAACUGACGAGGAAACAGGUGCAAACUCCAAACACUCAGGCACAAAAGCCAAAUAUAGAAUAACUUGACUAUUUGGAGAACUGCAGUGAGAGAACUGACUGAAUUUGGAAAGGUCACUCUAGCCAUCUCUGAGAACUUUGUUACCGGGCUCCUAUUGUCCAUUGAAUUCCAACCUGAGUAACCAGCCUCUUUGCAUCUUGCUGACAGGUUGCUGGGGAAAGCCUUGCCUUGGAAAAUAGCUCCUGCUGCACUGCAAGUUUCAUUCUUGAGACUACACCUGAACCGAAGGUUAACAAUGACAGAGAAUUCCGCUCCAGCUGCCAAACCUAGGCGAUCAAAGGCAUCAAAGAAAUCAACAGACCAUCCUAAGUACUCUGACAUGAUAUUGGAUGCUGUGCAAGCAGAGAAGAGUCGCUCCGGUUCAUCACGUCAGUCAAUCCAGAAGUACAUUAAAAACAACUAUACAGUUGGCGAGAAUGCAGAUUCACAAAUCAAACUGUCUAUUAAAAGAUUGGUGACUUCUGGCACCCUCAAACAGACCAAAGGAGUUGGAGCCUCUGGAUCAUUCCGGUUAGCCAAGGCAGAUGAGGUCAAGAAACCAGCAAAGAAGCCUAAGAAGGAAAUUAAAAAAGCAGUUUCACCCAAAAAAGCUGCCAAGCCCAAAAAAGCUGCAAAGUCUCCUGCCAAGGCCAAGAAACCUAAAGUGGCAGAGAAGAAAGUGAAGAAAGCACCUAAGAAAAAGCCUGCACCUUCUCCCAGAAAAGCUAAAAAGACAAAAACCGUCAGAGCCAAGCCAGUGUGGGCAUCCAAGGCAAAGAAGGCCAAGCCUUCCAAACCAAAGGCAAAAGCCAGCCCAAAGAAAUCUGGACGGAAGAAGUAAAGCUCCUGCAGUCUCUGGACAGCUCCUAACAACUUGUGUACAUAGUUUUAUAACCUUCACUUUUUUUCCAGUGCAACUUUAUAAUGAUGAUCAGCUUCCCUGCAAUUCCCAAGACCAAUUUAUGUAUUUGACUUUGCCUGCACUAGGGGAAUUAAGCAAGAUUUAACUGCUUCAUUUUAAUUAUUAUUUUUGUGUGAAAAAAAAAUAGUCAUUUUCUCCCAAGGAAGAAGUUUCAAAACGUGGCAUAACAUUUUCAUUGAUCUUGUGGGGUUCCUGGCCACUAAGUCAUUUUAGGACAAGCUUUAACAAUAUCAUUAAGUGCACAUAGCUUGGCUCACUUAUAGAUCUACUUACAUUGAUAUCUUUAAGUUUUGUUCAAUGUGAUUGUGGCCUGUGAACAUAAAGUGCUACAUUAUUGUCAUAAAUCAGAUUAUCUUAACCCUAAAAAGUUGCUUAUAACUUAAUAUUUAAAUGGUAGUUUAAAAUAUGAUUCGUAGUACAAUUUGUUUUGUUAUUGUCUACUUUAUUCACAUUUUUGUAGGUUUUUUCUUGUAAGAUUAAAUCAGCUGUGGACUGUUGAGCACUUUUUUUGCUAGACAGGCUAUGGAUCACUCCCUCUGUACGUUUGAACUCUUCUUAUAUUCACACAUGAUUUUAUUUUCUUGUAAACAUACAAAUGUUUGUUCAGAAAUGAAUUACUAACUGUACUUAUGAUAUGUAGCAGCAAGUGCAAUGCCUUUAAGAUUUUGAUAAUUUUCCAACAGCAUUUUGAUUGCUCUCACCAUUGCAAAAGGUCUCUUAUAAUGAGUUAUUAAGAAAUGCAUAGAUCUUCCAACUGAAGACUAUAUUUGUACUUGUCAUCUCAGCUUUGACGGUAUUGAGCUACAUUCACAUACGUUGUGAAUGGUGCAGUUAAUCCUUUUCAGUAUCAUUUGUGCUGAAAAUGUUCAGUAAGUAGUGAACCAUAACAUUUAUUUCUGUAGCAGUGAGAGGGAGGUAAUCAAGCAAGUGACAAGUGGCCAUGAAAUACAAAUAGAAAUAUUUUAUUCAUGUGUUUUGCUUUGUAGAAUAGAAUUUAACAAACUCAAUCCUUUGUAAUUAUCAAUUUCAAAAUAAAAUUGCCAAAAUGUG